AUGCCCCGGCUUGUCCGCCGCCGACCGUUGACGGAGCGCAUCAAGUCCUACUUGAACCCUCUGGACUUUCUCUUGUGGCUGUCGGAGGAGAUUGAUACUCAUGACUGGGACCAGUUUGAGAAGAACUGGGCGCUCCCCCUGGGAGUAGCUUUGAAUGCGAUCUUUCUGAUCGCCAGGGCCAACAGUCAAUCGUACGGCAGUCAAGCCAUAGAUGAUGUUUUUGGCGAUGAUGGAAGCACUCCAUGGCUCAGUUGGUUUUCUUCCUUCAUUGUCCACCUUCUUACCACCUUCACCGCGUUCAACGCCUUCUAUACAUUUUACCGGAAGCGACAUUAUCGCAUGUUUGAAGCAUCAAUCGAUCAGGCUCCUGCAACUCCCUCCGCUCACCGAGUCCGUGUUAAUUCGACUCCUGUGACCGCUUCGCCACUGAAAUAUCUGGCGGAUACGAUAGCCAGAUCGGCCCAGUCGAGAGCUCACCCAGACGCACAGCGAGAUGUAUGGGAACUUGCCGUCUGGGAUCCUCUACCUAUUUGCAUUCGAUUGUUCUGCCUCUUCAGUCCUGGACAUGUCUUGGUAUACUGGGUUUUUCUACCCACUCAGCUAUCCGAUCCUCGACCAAGCGUGACGAUUGUGACCACUAUCUUCAUAGCGGCACUCCUCUCGGUACAGAUGACGUUCCUUUCCUCGUCCUAUACCCAGCAAGCAAAGGAUUCUAUGGUGGUUCAUAAGGAGGUGCUCCGUGAAUACGACACUAAAUACGUUCAUCCUCGUACUCAGCCUUUAAUGAGAGAUGUGGCCACUCAAUUCUCCGAGUCCGAUCCCGAUGUUAAGCAGAACAAGGUUGACACCUUCACGCCCACUGUCGUGCUUCAUAGAGGCUUCAAGACAAGCCCAAAUCCCAACUACGUCAACCAUGUGGACCCCGAGGGCCGAUCAUCUGCGCGCCAAUCCUUUGCAGCGACACCUACUGGAGUAUCUCAUCGUGCUGCCGCGUUGCAGACCCCAAGCCACCUGCGGGAUGCUUCUCCUAUUGUGCGAAACUCUAUCUCUGCAAUUCGCCAGCCCCAAUUCCGCCAGACACCGACGACUACGGGUGAUGGUGGAAGCCUUGGCAUUUACUCGCAUGCCAACUCGCCUCUGAAGAAGUCUACGUCAGCCACUCUUGAACGUCGUCUUCAGAGCAAUGGCGAUUUCUUCUACAAGGAGCGGGGGACAAGUGCAAUGAGAAGGCCCUCUAGUCCCCUCAAGAGAAGUAAUGUCCCCGCAGGCAGUCCCUUAACACCGGGACCGAGACGGAGUCAACUGGACGCACGCCGCGACAGUGGACGGUUUUAA